AUGAGUAGGGUUUUAGAUGUAUACGACUACCUACGGCAUUUGGGAUUGAAUGUAUGGAUAAAACUAUUUCGUGGAAAUGCCACCUUCCUCUCGAUCUUCCGUUCCUUCACCGAACUAGAACAGCUAGUGGUCUUCAGAUUGUUAUUCCUCGCGCAACCUGUAUCUGAAAGAGCAUUGAGAUUGUGGUUCAAACCAGGAAAUGCUACCGAACUAAAUAGCACUUUAUUUAGACUUGUUUCUUGCUAUGCCUUAACGGUCACUCCAGCACAAUCACCAACCACUGCAGUUGGUGGGAAAUCUACCAUGCUAAACCAAUAUAAACUUCAGGAUGAUUUUAGAGAAGGGUUAUUACGUUGCGUACUGGGAAAAGAUUAUAAACAGACGAGCGACGAGAUCACACCGCUUAACGUCGAUGAUCUAAAUUGCGAUUUGUAUAAAAAUUUGAGUAAAUCAAUGCUGUUCGAUUACUCUAGACAUAGAUGGGAAUUGAUUCUUAGAUACAUAGUGUCCAUUGAGUUUAGGAAGAAGGUUGCCAAAUCAGCCCAAAGGAUCAGUCAAAUCAAUCCUGACUCACAAGGCAAAUCCGCCAUUAUCGCAGAAGAUGUUAUCACAACACUCAAGCGCCACAAAUUGGUAUUCAAACCCAGCAAUUCCACUGUAUCUCAAACAUUUCAAACAGUAGGUAUGUCUCGCCAAGCCCUUUCAUGGCUACUGAGAGACACCCGUUCACAGCUCAAUUCUCUGAUAUUGGAAUUUAUAUAUCUUUAUGACAUGGGCAAGCUCACAAAUGUUAAAUUGGCAGAUGAUAUGGAUUCCACAUCUACAGCUGAUGAAUAUCCGCUGCAAAAUUCAACUGCUGGUGCUAAAGAUACACUAAAUUUGGAGGAGGCAGAAAAGAACGUCACAGACAUUAUAUAUUUCAUUCUCACGCUGUCCCAAUUAACAAUCGGCCAACCAAUAAGCUCUAAAGGGUUGACUAAGGCACAGAAAAGGUUUUUACGCUUUGCAGUGGACCUUGGAAUUUUAUGGCAACCGAAAUUGGAUUGCGAUGAGUCGUCGAUUGAUCUGGAUAGUGGGAUCCAUAAUAUUAGGCGCGAUAAGAUAUAUUUUGCAGCACCUCAUGCACUAUUGUUUAGGAGCCAUAUGUCUGAGCCACUAUCACUAGUUUCAGCUAUUACAACUGCGGAUUUUUCCUCCAGAAAAUUAGAAAUCCCCAAUCACUAUUUCUCUCCCUAUCUAUUGAAUGAAACUGAAACAGCAGUUCCCCGGAUGAGGCACAAUCUUGAGUCUGGUAUAAUUGUACAAAGUAAUUUCAAAGUAUACGUUUACACUGCAUCUCCACUUCAAAUAAAUGUACUAGCACAUCUUUGUGAGUUACAAUCUAGGACACCGAAUCUGGUUAUUGGCGUCCUAACACGUGCUAGUGCCCACGCAGCUUUUCGCGCUGGCAUAACUGCCAAGCAAAUUUGUCAAUUUCUGGAGACACAUUCGCAUCCUAUUUUACUACAAAAUGUUAGGGAGGGGGGAUCUUAUUUGCCCAACAAUGUAGUGACGCAGCUUAACAUGUGGGAGGCGGAACGGAACAGAAUAUCACUAGAACAGUGUGUACUAAUUAAGAAAUGGGAGCAAGAAUAUCUCCCUGAGUUAUUUCAACACACAGUCAGGUGGGCUGAGAGUAAAAAUUAUCUCCUCCACUAUACCACUUGGCCUGAUAAUCCAAGUUCCAAAGAGUUUCAAGAUUGGCUUAUUAGAGAAAAGUACCUGGCCUGCAAAGGUGAUGCCCAGGACGAAGUGAUUGAAUUUAUCAGGUCCCUCAAAGAAUUGAAACAUAAGCACUAA